AAAAAAAAAAGUAUUCACAAUUCAUAAAACUAGCUCUUUGACAAAAGUCGGCAUAAGAAGUCUACAUUCAUUGUCUGCCUCUGUUUUCGUGAAGAAUCCAUUUCUCUGCCGACGGCCACACUUCAAAGCUCAAAGGUAAAUGGAAGAUGAUAGUAAAAUGAACGUGAUAGUAGAUACUAAAGUGAAUGUGACAGUAGAGAAAGACAUAGAAGGGAGGAAUGAUAAAAUGGUAGUUGAUAGUGAUGAAGUGAUAGUUAUUAAUAUUGACGAGAAAGAGAGUGAAGGAGUUGGGAAUGAUGAUGAAAUAAAACCCCCUAGCAUUGGAAUGGUGUUCAACACCCCAGAUGAAGUUCGAUCCUAUUACGACGAGUAUGCUUGUCAUUUGGGGUUUAAUACGAUAAAGAAAAGCACAAAGUCCGGAGAUGAUGGGAAUGUGAAGUAUUUUACGCUUGCGUGUUCGCGGUCUGGUAAGGAGUUGCCCUCUGCUAGUCAGACUAACAGGUUUAAUUUUCGGAAGAGGUUGCCACCUAGAACGAAUUGUAAAGCCAAGUUGAAUGUAACCAUAGGUCCUGAUGGACGAGUGUAUGUCUGUCGUGUUAUUCUCGAGCAUAAUCAUGAACUGGUUCCGGGUUUACAUGGUAUGAAAAAGAAGAAAUCAAGGGCCCCUCGAGCGAAAAAGGUGGGAACAGGACAAAGCCAAGUGCCAUAUUCAGUUGUUCAUGAAGCUGGGAGUUCUGCAAACCUCAAAUCUGAUUAUGCCAUACCAAGAAUUGUCACCGAUCCCAAUCAAAUAAUAUCUGGAAGCAGCCAUCUUCUCACUAAACGUUCUGUUAAUAGGAAUGUGUCAAGUGGUUCCAAGAGAAGAAAUUCAGUAUUUGCAAGCCCUGUGCUUAAUCAGGAAUCAACAGAGCGCAUCCUUGCAAGGAAAGCCGUGGAACUUGUGAAGUCUGGAAUGGUAAUUGGUCUGGGCUCAGGAACCACAAUAUCUAUGGUUAUGGAGGAACUUGGUAGACUAAUUAGAGAAGGAAAGUUGAAAGAUAUCAUAGCAGUUGGGGGCAAUUAUCAAUCACGAGUUUUGGCUACACAGUUUGGAGUCACAAUUGUUGAUUUGAGUGGUGUUAGUAAAAUUGACAUUGCAUUUGAUGGGGUUGAUGAAGUGGACUUCAAUAAAAAUCUAUUAAAGUGUGGAGGACCUGCACAUACCAUGCAAAAGGUAAUUGAUUCUGUGGCAAGUGAAUGCAUCAUACUAGUUGAUCAACCGAAGGUUGUUCACCGGCUUGGCAGCGCAUUCCCUGUUCCUGUCGAAGUUCUUCCUCCUGCCCUCACACCUGUGCUGAAGCGUCUUGCUACUCUUGGAGGAGUUCCUGAAAUUCGAUUUACCUCGAAUGAGAAUGGUCCAUUGUUCACUGAUCUUGGGAAUAUGGUUGUAGAUGUGAGCUUUCCAAAUGGGAUACAGAACCCUGCUGAACUUGAGAAGAACAUUAAAUUGUUACCUGGCGUGGUUGAAAACGGUAUCGUUACUGGAGUCGCUACAACUGUGCUGGUUGCUGUUAAAGAGAGAGGUGCUGUCAAUGUGAUGAAUUUGGAAGACUAUGUGAGAACUGUGCUGGACCGGAGGGAUGGAACUUUGACAAGUUAAAAUAAGAAUUCCCCAUAUAAAAUUUUGCUCUGUACAUUAGCAAGGCACAAGUAGAAAGAGAGGGUAAUUUAUACAACGUGUAGACUGUAAUUAUCAAUUGUUAUCCAUAAAGAUCUGUAAAACCUCAUCUUUGUCAAUUUAAAGGGUCUCUCAAUUUGUUCUUA